AUAAACACAAAUCCAGCGGAUAUUACUUGAAGACAGACGUGAUUAGAAAAAUGUUAGGCACAAUGUCACAAUGUCCUGCAAGAAGCGUUGGAGCAAUAAACUCUCAAGUAACAGCAUUGAUACAGACAAUACUAGCCGCUCAGUGCAUGAUAUCGCCAACAGAAACCUGGCCACCAGAUUAUGCACAAAAUGCGUUGCUGAAUGACAUUGAUGAUUUUGAUUUUAUUGUAAUUGGUGCUGGAUCGGCGGGGUCAGUAAUUCCUAGUCGGUUGACAGAAAAUCCUGAAUACAAAGUGUUAGUACUGGAAGCUGGUGAUGAUCCACCACAGGAAUCAGAGGCCGCAUCCACUAUGUUCACGAUGACUCAAACAAGAUAUACUUAUGAUUUUUACACGGAGCCAAGUAAAAUAUCUUGCUUGGCAUUUGAAGGAGGACGAUGUUAUAUACCGCGUGGCAAAAUGCUUGGCGGCACUGGUUCACUGAAUGGUAUGUUGUAUGUACGGGGUCAUCAACAGGAUUUUGAUGAUUGGGUAACGGACGGUAGUAUUGGUUGGGGCUGGGAUGAUGUAUUGCCAUAUUUUGAGAAGUCUGUGCGACCAGUUGGAAAUGAAACACAUCCAGAAGGUUAUGUUGCAAUAAAUCUAUUCGAAUCUUUUGAUGAAGAUAUAAAAUACAUUGUUCAAGAUGCUGCUGCUGAAGUUGGUGUGCCUUCAUUUAGAGAGUUUAUUGAAAACAGCGAAGUUGGUUACACAGAUUUGUAUGGUACAAUCGAAAACGGGCGUCGUAUGGGCAGUGGUAAAGGUCACUUGAGCAGAGUUGGGAAACGUCCAAAUCUACGUGUUAUAAAAAAUGCACGCGUUACGAAACUGAAUUUUGAUAAAAAUAGUAAAGCAGUGAAGUCAGUAUCGUUUGAAGUAAGUGAAAAAUACAAGUUCAGCUUGAGCGCUAAAAAAGAAUAUAUUCUUUCUGCUGGCGCCAUUGGCUCUCCAGCACUUUUGAUAUUAUCUGGAGUGGGUCCUAAAUUAGAUCUAGAAGAACUAAGAAUACCAGUCAUACAUGAUUUACCUGUAGGUAAAAACUUACAGGAUCAUGUCACUGUUCCAAUUUUUUUCCAAAUACAAGAAGAUUUUGCAAUGCCUAUAACGGAAAAUGAAAAUAUAGACAAUAUCUACAACUACAUAAUUCAUUCAAGAGGACCAUUAGGUAGCCAGGGUUUAACGUCACUUACAGGUUUUGUUGAUCCUGAAUUUACCGGUCCGUUUCCGAAAUUUGAAACUCAUCAUUUGCUAUUUAAGCGACAAGAUAAAGGCGGCUUAAAAAUAUUUCUUAAAGGAAUGUCUUUCAAAAAUGACUUAAUUCAGUAUUUAUUUAGUAAGAUCGAAACUUCACAUAUAAUGGUAGUGCUCACAGCACUUGCACAUCCAAAAUCGGUUGGGCAAGUAAAAUUAAACAGUACAGAUUUUCGUGAUAAUCCGUUAAUCUACACAAAUUAUUUGGAGCAUGAUGACGAUGUAAAAACAUUAUUACAAGCAAUGAUGCACCAUGACAGAAUGGAGCAAACAUAUGCAUUUCUAAUUAAUGAUGUACGUAUGAUGCAUAUUCCAAUAAGAGAAUGCGAUCAAUACCAGUAUAAGACGGAUCGAUAUUGGCGGUGCUAUUUUAAGUAUUUCAGUACAACUUUACACCACCUUUCAGGUACAGUGAAAAUGGGGGAUAAGAAUGAUUUAAAUACUUGUGUUGAUACACGUUUACGAUUACUUGGAGUUAAAAAUCUACGAGUUGCGGAUGCUUCUAUAAUGCCUAAGAUUCCUAGUGCAAAUACAAAUGCAGCCACUAUAAUGAUUGCGGAAAGAGCUGCAGAUUUUAUUAAGGAAGAUUAUAGUAAAAUACAUAUCAUUUAAGUUAACA